CCCGAUCCUCCGGAAGAACCUCACAGCCUUCAGGGGUUUCUUCCUUUUUCAUUUCCCUUUUAUGACGGACACGUGGUGACGUUUUCGUACGGGCAGCCGCCGCAAUUGGACAGCAUGAAAAACCAUCCACUUCCGCCGCCACGCCUUCGCCGACGUGGCAACCCGCCAACGAAAGGAAACUACUUCAUCACGUUUUCAAUUUUCUUCUUCUUCUUUUUUAAAUAAACGUAUUAAACUCGAAAUCAAAACCAUUUCAUGUUUGUGCGAAGCAAACCAAAGCCCCUACUACAUCUGUCUUUAUAUAUAUAUAUAUAGAAGUGGCUCGAUUCUGUUGCCGCCAAACUUUUUGCCCUUUUUCUAAUCAUAGUCACAAACAAACUACCUUCUUCUUCUUCUUCUUCUUCUUCUUCGUUUCGUUUUACUUUCGUUCCAUAGUGGUUUCAAUUUUCAUAUUCGGAAGAUCUGGAGAUUGGAAGAUGUGUUGUUAUUGAAGGGGAAAAACAGAGGACAAAGAAACAGAGAUUAUAUAUCCUAUAGGGAUGGAAACUGUGUAUCAGCCUUAUUACGUGGAUCCUCAGUUAGAAUUACUCAUUGAAAGAAUUUACCCUCCCAGAGUUUGCAUAGACAAUGAUACAUUUCAGGAUUGCACCCUUGUGAAGGUUGACAGUGCAAACAAACAUGGAAUUCUACUUGAGAUGGUGCAAGUUUUGACGGAUCUUGACCUUGUAAUCUCCAAAUCUUACAUUUCUUCAGACGGUGGAUGGUUCAUGGACGUUUUCCACGUGACAGAUCAGUUUGGAAAUAAAGUCACAGAUGAAAGUCUCAUCCAUUACAUUAAGCAGGCAUUGUGUGCGAGUAGGAGAGAAGGGUCAUCAAGAAUAAUAAGAACGUGCAAUAUGGGAAAGGAAUUGUUGUCAUCAGAGCAUACGGCGGCGGAGAUCACCGGAAUUGAUAGGCCAGGUCUCUUAUCGGAGAUAUUCGCCGUACUGGUUGAAUUGGGCUGCAACGUCACGGCGGCCGUCGCGUGGACCCACCACAAAAGGGCAGCGUCCAUUGUCUACAUUGAAGAAGGUUGGAAUGGUGGAGUGAUAAAGGAUCCAAAACGGCUGGCCCAUGUGCAGGAGCAACUUGAGAACGUGGUUGACGCCCAUAAUGGACAGGGGGAAACAAGCAGCGUGAAGUUGACAGCUCCAUCAACUGGACGGACCCACACCGAGCGGCGGCUCCACCAGCUGAUGUAUGCCAAUGGCGAUUACGAGCAGUGUCGAUGUCGAGACCAUAGUGAAAUAUGUAAAAAGAAUUGCACUCCUACACAUGUAGGGAUUGAGAGUUGUAAGGAGAAAGGAUAUUCAAUUAUCAAUAUUAAAAGUAGGGACCGUCCGAAGCUGUUGUUCGAUACGGUUUGUGCUCUUACCGAUUUACAGUAUGUCGUGUUUCAUGCUGCAGUGAGUUCGAACGGGACUGUGGCUGAUCAGGAGUAUUUUAUUCGACAUAAAGGUGGUUGCAUCUUAGAUUCAGAGAGUGAAAGGAAAAGGCUUUUACAGGCCCUUAUUGCAGCCAUAGAGAGAAGGGUUUCACAUGGAUUGAGGCUGGAACUCGAUGCUUUAAAUCGAAUGGGACUGUUAUCAGAUAUCACACGGGUAUUUCGUGAAAAUGGUUUUUCGAUCUCUACAAUUAACGUUGGAACCAAUGGCGAGAGAGCUUUUGGAUCCAUUUUUGUCACAGAUGCGUCAGGGUAUGAAGUGGAUGUGGAUCCACAGGUGUUGGAGUUAGUGCUCAAAGAGAUUGGAGGAUCGAUUGCUGUUGUGCAAGGGCCUUCAAAUCGGGAUGAUCGAGCCUCCUCUUCAAGAGCGAACCAGGGAACCAAAGUUACUAGAGUUGAAGAUAAGCCAAGAUUUUCAUUAGGCAACUUGUUGUGGUCUCAACUUGAACGCCUUUCGAGUAACUUUGGCUCGGUUUAAUCACAAGGGAAGGGAUUCUAAUGUUUGAUGUAUAUCUUGUAAAAUAAAGUUGUACAGAAAGUAUUGUAAGGUUAAUCGUGAGUGACAUAAUAAAGAUUAGUUAUGAACAAUCUGUUUCA